AUGUGGAUGUGACGAGACGGGGUUGGGCCGCAUAAUGGGUCUUUGGGCCUUCUAAUUGUUUGGCGUCUUUGGGCUUGCAACGCAACCAACACGCGCUAAGCGGCCCAUGUUUAAAUGGUGCCCAAGAUCAAUUCACGCUUCUCUCAUUCUCUGGACCACUUCAUCAAACAGUUCAUCUCCCUAUCCAAUGGCGACCGCCGCCACGUCCCUCCUUCCUUAUACUCUCAGCUUCUGCCCGGAGCGCCCAUCCACUUCCUCGUUCUCUUCCUCCUCUUCUUGUUUUUUCGGUGGUGGAUGCCACAAUGUUACUUUCACGGCGUUAUCAACCUCUUCUUCUGCAUCAAAAUUUAGUACAAGAGUGUCUGCCAAUCGUGUUGGCACUGUUAUUAGUGCUUCUGGUGAUUAUUAUGCCACUCUUGGGGUGCCCAAGUCCGCCAGCAGUAAAGAGAUCAAGGCCGCUUAUCGAAAAUUAGCUCGUCAGUACCAUCCUGAUGUCAACAAGGAGCCUGGAGCGACUGAAAAAUUUAAGGAGAUAAGUGCUGCAUAUGAGGUGCUAUCAGACGAUAAAAAGAGGGCUCUUUAUAAUCAAUAUGGUGAAGCUGGAGUUAAGAGUACUGUAGGAGGGGCAUCAAAUACUUAUACGACUAAUCCUUUUGAUCUAUUUGAGACAUUCUUUGGGCCGAGUAUGGGUGGUUUUUCUGGUAUGGGCCAAACUGGAUUCACGACGGGCCACCGCAAUACUGUUACCAAGGGUGAAGACCUACGUUAUGAUGUUACGCUAAAAUUUUCUGAGGCUAUAUUUGGAGCUGAAAAAGAAUUCGAGCUUUCCCAUUCAGAAACAUGUGAAGUUUGUGCUGGUACAGGAGCAAAGAUUGGAUCCAAGAUGAGGAUAUGCACAACUUGUGGUGGCCGGGGCCAAGUUAUGAGAACUGAGCAAACGCCUUUUGGCUUGUUUUCACAGGUUUCUGUAUGUCCUAAUUGUGGCGGGGAUGGUGAAGUUAUUUCCGAGUACUGUCGUCAAUGCUCUGGAGAAGGACGCAUACGCGUCAAGAAAAAUUUCAAAGUCAAAGUCCCCCCUGGAGUGAGCACCGGAAGCAUUCUCAGAGUUGCUGGAGAGGGGGAUGCUGGACCUAGAGGUGGCCCUCCAGGAGAUCUUUAUGUAUAUCUUGAUGUGCAACAGAUGACAGAAAUCCAGAGGGACGGCAUAAACCUCAUGUCAACAAUAUCUAUCAGUUAUCUUGAUGCCAUAUUGGGAGCUGUCGUUAUGGUGAAGACAGUUGAAGGUAUUACUGAAUUACAGAUUCCAGCAGGUACCCAGCCUGGAAAUGUGUUAAUCCUGGCAAAGAAAGGUGUCCCCAGACUGAACAAACCAUCGAUACGUGGCGACCACUUAUUUAAAAUUAAAGUUACCAUACCAAAACGUGUUAGUGCUAGAGAGCGUGAAUUACUGGAAGAACUUUCUUAUCUGAAUGACCCCACCACUAGUCCUCGAACUCGUCCAAAAACUGAGCCUGCUACUGCAAAUAAAGAAAGUCAAACGGAAACUGUCACAACAAAAGCUGACGAAUUGGAAGAUCAGAAUGAUAUAUGGCAAAAGUUAAAAGAUUUUGCUGGGUCAGUUGCAAAUGGCGCUCUAAAAUGGCUCAAGGACAACCUGUAGCUGGAUUUACUUAUUAUGUGAAGUCCUCACUAAUAAUCUGCUCUUUCAAAUCGGUUUCUCAAGGACCAUGAAGUCAUUCACUUAGAUUGGAUUGGCCCUUGGGGUAACAGAGCAUUUUGAUAUUCUUUUUUCUUCCCUUUUUGUAAAGCCUAGUAAAUGAUAUAUAAUUAUAGAUUUAGCGCUUUCA